AUGGAUUCAAUUGAAUCAUUUAGACCAUCUGAAUCUCCGGAAUAUGAUCCAUCGACGCUUUCUAACUAUAAGUAUUUCAAGGUUCUCGAGACGGACUUGAAGCUCAAUAUAUUGUUCGACAAAAAGAUUGUGGAAGGAAAAGUACAUUACGAAUUGGAGUAUUUGAAGUCCACGAAGAACAUAGAUUUAGAUAUAUCACAUUUGAAAGUGAUCUCUACUUCGGUAGACGGUAGCAAGGUAGAUUUUGAAGUCAUUAAUAGCAACCAUGAGUUAGGAUCGAUCUUAAGAAUCAAAUACGCCGAUGAAACUGGAUCGAAAGUCAGCUUAUCGAUAGAGUUCGAAACCACAUCCAAAUGUACAGCGCUACAGUUUUUGGAAAAAGAGGCCACUGAUGGAAAAAAGAGCCCAUACUUGUUCUCCCAAUGUGCAAACAUACACGCCAGGAGCUUGUUUCCCUGCUUUGAUACUCCAUCUGUAAAGUCGCCUUAUAAGAUGUCUGCAAGAUCACCAUACUUCACAUUGAUGUCUGGUUUACCCGCAGGUAUUAAAGAUGGCGUAUACACGUUCAACCAACCUAUAUGUAUUCCAUCUUAUGUUGUCGCAAUUGCAUCAGGAGAUAUAGUGAAGGCACCCAUAGGUCCUAGAUCUCACGUUUACUGUGAGCCACUUAUGAUUGAAGCCUGUAAAAGAGAAUUCGAGCAUGAUAUGGAAAAUUUCAUUAAGAUAGCUGAGGCACUCAUAUUCACCUAUCCGUGGGACCAAUAUGACGUGUUGGUUCUUCCGAUGAGCUUUCCUUAUGGUGGAAUGGAAAACCCUAACAUGACUUUUGCAACACCAACCUUGAUUUCAGGAGACCGCCAAAAUGUCGAUGUAAUUGCUCACGAGCUUGCGCAUUCUUGGUCGGGGAAUUUAGCUACUAACUGCUCAUGGGAACACCUUUGGUUAAACGAAGGCUGGACAGUGUACUUAGAAAGACGCAUAACAGGACGCCUUCACGGUAAUGCCGCAAGGGACUUUAGCGCAAUUAUUGGUUGGAAUGAUCUUCAAAAUGCUAUCAAGGGAAUGAAGAACGCUGAUAGGUAUUCUCCUUUAGUAGUCAAUUUGAAAGACAGAUGUAGCCCUGAUGACGCUUUUUCUGUGGUCCCCUACGAAAAGGGUUUCACAUUGUUGUACCAUAUCGAACAAACAUUAGGAGGAACUGAAGUAUUUGAUCCAUUCAUUCCACAUUAUUUCAAAAGGUUUAAAAACAAAUCUUUGGAUACCUAUCAGUUCUUGGAUUUGCUCUACGAAUUUUUCUCAGACAAAAAGAAAGAACUUGACUCUAUUGAUUGGAAAGCAUGGAUAUUUAAUCCAGGUAUGCCUCCAGUAAAGCCAAAUUUUGACACUAGCUUAGCGGAUCAAUGCUACAGCUUAGCAGAUAAAUGGUACAAAGAAAUAACCGAAAAUAAUGACGAUUACAAAAAGUAUUUCGAUAAAAAGGACAUUACUUGCUUCAGUGCAAAUCAAUCGGUUGUAUUUUUGGACAGUUUGAUCUCAUUUGAAAAGAUUGGUACUUUUACAUGGAAGUCUCACAAAUCGGCAUUAGAAGCUCUCAACGAAAUAUACACUGACUACUCUAAAUCAAGCAAUUGUGAAGUGCUCUCUAGAUGGUUGAUUCUUCAAGUCACCGGUGAGAAUCAGCAUUUUUACAAGAGGUUAGGAGAAUUCUUGGGUACUGUUGGAAGAAUGAAGUUUGUGAGACCAGGCUACGUCUUACUCAACAAAGUUGACCAUGAAUUAGCAAUUCAUUAUUUCAAGCAGUUCGAAUCUAGAUAUCAUCCAAUUUGUAGGUCAAUGGUGAAAAAAGAUUUAAACUUAAUUUAG